GUCUUGUUUGAUAAACCUCUGCGGAAGACCAAACACUGCAGUAGCACCGGAGCUACACGACCGGCCAGGAUGGCUCGAGCUGUAGCACUCUUGGUGUCGCUGCUGGCCUUCAGCAAUGCCGUUCACUGUGCUUUUUCUCCAACGCUCAUUAUGGAUAUGGCCAAAGUUCUCAUGGACAACUACUGCACACCUUCGAAGCUCGCUGGUAUGGAAGACGCCAUAGAGACUGCCAGCAGCAACACGGAGAUCCUCAGCAUCCAAGAUCCCAACACUCUGGCGGGUGUGCUGACCGAUGGAGUUCAAAACACAAUCUAUGAUCCUAGAGUUAAAGUCACCUAUGAGCCAGAUUACGUUCCUGCGGUUCCGCCGCCUAUGCCUGAAAUUCCUCCGGAGCAGCUGGCCGCAGUGGUUAAGGCCACUGUGAAUGUAGACGUCUUGGAGGACAACAUCGCCUACCUGAAGAUUCAGCACAUUAUUGGGGAAGAGAUGGCACAGAAGAUUGGACCACUUCUGUUGGAGCAUGUCUGGAGUAAAGUCCUCCCAACCUCUGCCAUGGUCUUGGACCUUCGCUAUGCAGUCAGUGGAGAGCUGUCAGGCAUCCCUUACAUCGUCUCAUAUUAUACCGAUGCAGAACCACUCAUCCACAUUGACUCUGUGUAUGAUCGCCCCUCAGACAGUACCACAGAGCUCUGGUCCAUGCCCACCUUGCUGGGACAGAGGUACGGAAGCAGCAAGCCCCUGAUUAUUCUGACGAGCAAAAACACCGUUGGUGUAGCAGAAGACGUUGCUUACUCCCUUAAAAACCUGAAAAGAGCAACCAUCGUAGGAGAGAACACAGCUGGAGGAUCUGUGAAGAUCGACAAGAUCAAGGUCGGUGAAACUGACUUCUACGUCUCGGUCCCUGUGGCCAAAUCCACCAACCCCAUCAGCGGCAAGAGCUGGGAGGUGACGGGGGUCGCUCCAGACGUUGAAGUAAAUGCAGAAGAUGCCCUUGACGCGGCAACUGAAAUCAUUAAGCUUCGUGCUGGAAUCCCUGCCACUGUCAAAGCUGCUGCUUCUUUGGUGUCAGAGAACUACGCCUUUGAAAGCAUUGGAGAAGACGUCGGUCAAAAGCUGGAGGCGCUCGCUGACAGCGGUGAAUACAAAAUGAUUUCCUCAAGGAAGGAACUGGAAGAAAAACUGACGGCAGAUCUCGCAAAACUGUCGGCGGACAAGUGCCUAAAAGUCAGGGACAACUCACCUAUGAUGCUUCCAUCGGACAUUUCUCCAGAGAUGUUGAUUGAGCUCAUCAAAGUUUCGUUUCAAACCGACGUGUUUGAGAACAACAUUGGUUACCUUCGCUUCGACAUGUUUGGGGAGUUCAACCAAAUCCCUGUGGUUGCUCAGAUCAUUGUCGAGCAGGUCUGGAACAAAGUGGUGGACACAGACGCAAUGAUUAUUGACCUCAGGAACAACGCCGGAGGGUCUAUAAACCCAAUUGCCGGGUUCAGCUCUUACUUCUUUGAUGCGGACAAGGAGAUUGUGUUGGACAAACUAUAUGACAGACCUUCAGGCACCACAAAAGACCUGGUCACCCUUUCAGAGCUUACUGGGAGAAGAUAUGGCUCCAAGAAGAGUCUGCUGAUUCUGACGAGUGGCGCGACGGCUGGCGCAGCAGAGGAAUUCGUUUACAUCAUGAAGAAUCACGGCCGUGCCAUGAUCAUUGGCGAGACGACCAGUGGCUCCUGCCAACCACCGAAGCCUUUCCCAGUUGGAGACACUAGUAUCAUCCUGGCCAUUCCCACCACCCACUCAGACACUGCUCAGGGUAUCGCCUGGGAAGGUGCUGGAAUCGCCCCUCACAUUCCAGUGCCCGCCGAAGCAGCCCUGGACACGGCCAAGGGUAUUCUAAACAAGCACUUUUCAGGCCAGAAGUAAGUUUCUAAACAUAAAGCUUGUAUUAUGCUUUUAGCAAGUGCUCUCCCACAUGCUUAAACCUUCUGUAGACGUCCUUAAGCGUUCUUUUAUCCUAUUUUUCCUAGAAAAUUAAAAAACUGGAACCUUGAAAUUAUGUCAGGUACACUGUUUCAAACCAGUUCAAUUUUAUUUACGUCUUGUCUGUACUGUCUCUCUACGGUCAUGCAAUUGUAUUUUUGUUUUACACUGAAACGUCAUCACGCUAAUCCGAUACCUCAUGUUUGAACGUAGGCAGGAAUUUUCAAACUGUGAAAUUCAUAUGGUAUAGAAAGACAUUGUAAUUUUUCCUGUUUUGCAACAUAUUUGAUGUGUAAUUAUGCUAACUGACAUGAAAUGAUGAACCUAAUAAAGACAAUGGGGAAUAAUUCCCAUUGAUUUUGAAGAAACUA